UCUUAAGUGCCUCUCACCUGCCCCUCUCUUUCUCUCUCUCUCUCAUAUCUGUUGAGACGAUCGUGUCUUAUCUCCGACGGUUUCAAGCUUUCGCGGAGAAACCCUUUGCGUUUCCUUAGCUUUAGGGUUUGCCUUCUUUGGUGUUAGGGUUUCUCCCCCCCUCUCUCUCUCAGAUCAGAUCACUGUCUCUCUCUCUCUUAUGUCUUCUUCUCUCCGACCUGAUCUCAGGGGUCGAAUAUGGCCAGAACCAGACCGAGAGCGGGAGUCGGACUCAGAAUCCGAAGCAGAGAUCGACCACUUCGACAGGUUACCAGAUUCUCUGUUACUCAUAGUAUUCAACAAGAUCGGUGACGUUAAAGCCUUGGGUCGCUGCUGCGUCGUCUCUCGCAGGUUCCAUGACUUGGUUCCUCAGGUGGACAACGUUGUGGUGAGAGUUGAUUGCGUUAUCUCCGACGAUGAUGCCUCAUCCGGUGCCGCUGCCGCCGAUAAGAACCGAGGCGUGUUUGCGAACUUUGUUCGUUUUGUGUUCGGCGGAAUUGUGAAGCCUCUGCAAGCGAUCGGACAAUUAAUUGGACCCAAGAAGAAUAUUUCAACUUCUACAUCGUCGUCUUCCGGGUUUGGUGGUGUUGGUGGUGUUGUUGGAGGAGCUGAAGAGGACGAUACGGAGGCCAGUGGAGUUACCCACCACUCACCCACACAGGUCCUUAAGAACUUCAAUGAGAUCCGUCAGCUCCGAAUUGAGCUCCCAAGUGGAGAGUUAGGGGUCGAUUCUGGUGUUCUACUCAAAUGGAGAGCCGAUUUUGGAUCGACCCUUGAUAACUGUGCGAUCCUUGGUGCCUCCUCUGUUCUCUCCCCUGGGACCUCUAAAUCGGACACCGGUGGUGAUGCCUCGAUUGUCGCCGGCAAUGCAGACGACAAUGGGAACAUACCCGAAUCGUUUUAUACCAACGGAGGGCUGAAAUUGAGAGUCGUUUGGACGAUUAGUUCUCUGAUCGCAGCUUCUGCAAGGCAUUACUUGCUUCAGCCGAUAAUUGCGGAGCAUCGUACCCUUGACAGCCUUGUUCUCACAGAUGCUGAUGGGCAAGGUGUGCUGUGUAUGAACAGAGAGCAAUUGGAGGAGCUUAGGGUGAAGCCCUUAUCUGCUUCAACCGCUUCGAAGCGAACUCUUGUGCCUGCUCUCAACAUGAGGCUCUGGUAUGCUCCGCACCUGGAGCUCCCCAAUGGGGUUGUGCUGAAGGGGGCGACACUGGUUGCCAUUCGGCCGAGUGAGCAGGCGGCGGCGUCGACAAAGAAGGAUCUCUCUGAUUGUUCUUUGGUUUCAGCAGCUUUUGAAGAGCCGUAUGGGAUGGCCGCGAAGCUUCUGGUGAAGAGACGAACUUACUGUCUUGAGAUGAACUCGUUCUGAGGGGAAAUGCGAAGUUGAGGGUAAAGCGAGGUGCUUCGCUUUGAGGAGAAGUGAUGUAGGAGAUGCAGAGUAUUUUGGGAGAGGCAGAAAUAACUUAACAUCAUCCACGGAGAAGAUGAGAGAUUAGGGGAAAGCAUUGGGUGCAGGC